AUGGCUGGAGUUACUUUCUUGGCAUUUGGUAAUGGGUCACCGGAUCUUUUUAGUACUUUUAGUGCAAUGACGCAUGAUUCUGGUCCGUUAGCUAUCGGUGAGCUUAUUGGAGCCGCGAAUUUCAUAACAUCUGUAGUCGUCGGUUCCAUGGCAGUUAUAACUCCAUUUCGUGUUACAAAAGCCCCAUUUCUGCGAGACGUGAUUUUUUUUUCUGCAGCGAUCGCAUUUACUCUUUUUAUUAUUGGGGAUGGGUACAUAUAUUUGUGGGAGAGCAUAAUCUUGGUAUUAUUCUACGUUAUCUAUGUUACAGUAGUGCUUGUAGGAAACUGGAUUGUAAAAAAGAAGAAAAAAAAAAGAUGGUUGGAACAAAAUGAAUUAGCCUCCCCUAUAAUAAUAAAUGAGGACUCUAAAACGCCUGAAGUGCUUGAAAAUCAAGACGCCUACGGCUAUGAGCCUUAUGAUGAGAUGGAACUUCUGUUACCAGAAGGUGAACGCGGUCUUGAUUAUACAAAUCGGACAAUUCCACCAAUACCAUUGCCUCCUUUAUUACCAUAUGACAACUUUGAGAGACUACCUUGUCGCUCACCAAACUCAUUUACAUCCGCAAAUGAUGUAAUAGAUCAAUCUAAACAUCAACAUGGUGGUUCUACAAGGCCUAUGACAAUCAAUCGUAGGCCUUCAUUAUUCAGAGCAAUAGAGUUUCGAGAUGUGGUUAAUUCUCUUAAAUCGGGUAAUAGUAUGAGAUCGAGAUCAUUGGAACGAAAUAGAGCACCUUCAUUUAGGAGAUCGUGGACCAAUAUUGAAGGAUCUUUAAAUUCAACACAAGAUAACUCUUCUACAUAUCUCUCUCCUCCAAACGCAUUAAGUAUGCCCAAUACACCACUGUUCUUGACUAUUCCACGAACUCCUAAUAGGAGAUCAAUGUCUUUAUCACCACCAGCCCAAAUAUAUGCUUCACCAUUAAAUCUAUCCCCGUCAGACAUGUCCCCUUUACAUGAAACAUCCCAAAUACCGACAUCAUCAGUAGAAACCAACCAACGCUUUUUCCCUGAUAUGUCAAUACAUUCGUCACCUAUGCAUUCACCCAUAGUCACAACAGCAUCGUCCCCAUUGUUAGUACCGCUACAGGUGUCAUCACCAAUAACUAUUUGGGAAAAAGUACAAAACACUCUUUUUCCUUCACUCACAGGGUUCGCUGAAAAGUCAUUGGUUGCAAAACUUACUGCUUUGAUGGCUUUUCCAACGAUACUUGUACUCAAGCUUACGCUUCCUGUUGUGGAAUUUGAGGACGUAUCCUUACAAGAAAAAAAAAAAAAUGAUAAUAAUAAUCAAGUACGACAUUUUGACACCCCUUCUAUUAUUGUCAAUGAUGAUCGUGAUUCAGUUAUUGUUGACGAACCUGAGAGUGAGCGCUUUAACGGAUGGAAUCGUUGGCUAACUAUAGUUCAAUUUUUUCUUGCACCUAUUUUCGUCUCAAUGGUUUUAUUCAAUGAUGAAUUACUUAUUUCUAUAUUUUAUGCAUUUAUUGUUGGUGUCUCGUUAUCCAUGGUUUGCUUUUUUACUACGAGCGACGAUGAGCCUCCAAAGUAUUAUUUAUUGCUAAGUUUUAUGGGAUUUGGUGUCGCAAUUGUGUGGAUUUAUCUCUUGGCUAACGAAGUUGUUGGUGUGUUACAGACUUUGGGUUUAAUUAUGGGAUUAAGUGAUGCUAUUCUUGGUCUAACCAUAUUUGCGAUGGGUAGUAGUCUUGGUGAUUUUGUUGCCAAUAUCUCUAUCGCAAAAGCGGGAUGCCCUAUGAUGGCUAUGAGUGCAUGCUUUGGUGGUCCAAUGCUGAAUAUUCUUUUAGGCAUUGGUUUGAGUGGUACUUAUGUGAUUGCCAAAACUGGCAUUCCUUAUAAAAUUGAAAUUGAACCAACAUUAGUUGUAUCAUCAAUUAGUUUGUUGAUAACAUUAUUUUCUGCUCUUAUAUACGUACCUUGGAAUGAAUAUCGCAUGUCCCGCGCUUGGGGAUAUUAUUUAAUUUCGGUUUAUUUAAUCG